GCACCAGCGCCUCUACGAAGCUCCGCGGCGGGAGCGAGCUGGUGGGCGCCUCCGCCGCGCGCACUUCCGGGACGCGGCGCGCCGCUCUGUGGAAUCUCCUCUUCCCGGGUGGACUGGGGGGAUUCGGGGCCAGAGAUUCCGCUGGGUGUCAGUGGGCGCCCGUAGAGGCGCUAAAAGAGAAGGUGGUAGGUCUAGGGACUCCCGGGCCGCCCGAGAAAUGAUUCACGAACUGCUCUUGGCCCUGAGUGGGUACCCAGGGUCUAUUUUCACCUGGAACAAGCGGAGUGGCCUGCAGGUUUCCCAGGAUUUUCCAUUUCUUCACCCCAGUGAGACUAGUGUCCUGAAUCGACUCUGCCGGCUUGGCACAGACUACAUCCGAUUCACUGAGUUCAUUGAACAGUACACAGGCCAUGUGCAGCAACAGGAUCACCAUCUAUCCCAGCAGGGCCAAGGUGGACUACAUGGGAUCUACCUGAGAGCCUUCUGCACAGGACUGGAUUCAGUUUUGCAGCCUUAUCGCCAAGCACUGCUUGAUUUGGAACAAGAGUUCCUGGCUGACCCCCAUCUCUCCAUAUCACAUGUCAAUUACUCCUUAGAUCAGUUCCAGCUCCUGUUUCCCUCUGUGAUGGUUGUAGUGGAACAAAUUAAAAGCCAAAAGAUUCAUGGCUGUCAAAUCCUGGAAACAGUUUACAAACAUAGCUGUGGGGGGUUGCCUCCAGUUCGAAGUGCAUUAGAAAAAAUCCUGGCUGUAUGCCAUGGAGUCAUGUAUAAACAGCUCUCAGCCUGGAUGCUGCAUGGACUGCUUUUGGACCAGCAUGAAGAGUUCUUCAUCAAACAGGGUCCAUCUUCUGGUAAUAUCAGUGCACAACUGGAAGAGGAUGAGGAGGAUCUGGGUAUUGGAGGCCUGACAGGAAAACAACUGAGAGAGCUGCAGGACCUGCGCCUAAUUGAGGAAGAGAACAUGCUGGCCCCAUCUCUGAAGCAGUUUUCCCUGAGGGUGGAGAUUUUACCAUCCUACAUUCCAGUGAGAGUUGCUGAAAAAAUCCUCUUUGUUGGAGAAUCUGUCCAGAUGUUUGAGAAUCAAAAUGUGAACCUGACAAGGAAAGGGUCCAUCUUGAAAAACCAAGAGGACACUUUUGCUGCUGAGCUGCACCGGCUCAAGCAGCAGCCACUCUUCAGCCUGGUGGACUUUGAGCAGGUGGUAGAUCGGAUUCGGAGCACUGUGGCUGAGCACCUCUGGAAGCUAAUGGUGGAAGAGUCAGAUUUACUGGGUCAGCUUAAGAUCAUUAAAGACUUUUACCUUCUGGGACGAGGAGAGCUGUUCCAAGCCUUCAUUGACACAGCUCAACACAUGUUGAAAACACCACCCACUGCAGUAACAGAGCAUGAUGUGAAUGUGGCCUUUCAACAAUCAGCACACAAGGUGUUGCUAGAUGAUGACAACCUUCUCCCUCUGUUGCACUUGACGAUUGAGUAUCAUGGAAAGGAUCACAAAGCAGAUGCCACCCAGCCAAGAGAAGUGCCUUCUCGGGAAACAUCCCCCCGGGAAGCUCCGUCUUCCGGCUGGGCUGCUCUAGGACUUUCCUACAAAGUACAAUGGCCACUGCACAUUCUCUUCACCCCAGCUGUCUUGGAAAAGUACAAUGUUGUUUUUAAGUACUUACUGAGUGUGCGCCGUGUCCAAGCUGAACUGCAGCACUGCUGGGCGCUCCAGAUGCAGCGCAAGCACCUCAAAUCUAACCAGACGGAUGCGGUCAAGUGGCGCCUAAGAAACCACAUGGCCUUCUUGGUAGAUAAUCUUCAGUAUUAUCUCCAGGUAGACGUGCUGGAAUCUCAAUUCUCACAGCUGCUUCAUCAAAUCAAUUCUACGAGGGACUUUGAAAGCAUCCGACUGGCGCAUGACCAUUUCCUAAGCAAUUUGCUGGCCCAGUCCUUUAUUUUGCUGAAGCCUGUGUUUCAUUGCCUGAAUGAAAUCCUAGAUCUCUGUCACAGUUUUUGUUCACUGGUCAGUCAGAACCUGGGUCCACUGGAUGAGCGAGGAGCUGCCCAGCUGAGCAUUCUCGUGAAGGGCUUUAGUCGCCAGUCUUCACUCCUGUUCAAGAUUCUUUCCAGUGUUCGUAAUCACCAGAUCAACUCAGAUUUGGCUCAGUUACUGCUCCGGCUAGACUAUAACAAAUACUAUACCCAGGCUGGUGGAACUCUGGGCAGUUUUGGGAUGUGAAAACUCUGGUUCACAAAAUGAAGUAACAGUCUGCCCUACCAUCUUCUGAUGUCUGUAACAAAUCUCUUUAGUCAUUCAUCAG